UUGCAGAGGACUCCUGGGAGGGACAAAGUGCCCCUUAAAGGACUGACUUAGGUGCUCCUGGCCUCGGUCUGCAGCUGGAGGAUCUGAGGUACUUCUGUCCCAUCCCUCCAGCUCAGCUCCUCGUGGUGGGUUUUUCCGCACUGGGGAUAAGUUUUCCUGGGUAUCUCUUUUAAUGCUCCUUGCCUGGGAAGAUGGUCAGCCUCCUGUACGUGGUGCUGCACUCCCUCCUGAGCUGCCUCAUCCCCCUGGCCAACCUGCUGGUGAUCGUGGCCGUCUACCAGCUGAUGAGGAAGCAGCCAGGCACCAGCUACGUCUACAUCCUCAACCUGGCCACCGCUGACCUACUGGUGGGCAUGAUGUGCAAUGCUGAGAUGCUGGACGACAUCCUUGACAGGGAUUUUGACCGCAGCAAAUCCUUCUGCCUCCUGCACAUUGCUAUGAGCAUGACAUCUUGCGUCGGCUCCAUCCUGACCCUGCUCCUGAUCUCCCUGGACAGGUACCUGGCGGUGACGCUGCCGCUCUCCUACCCCACCCUCCUGAAGAAAAUGCCCGUAGUCCUCUCCCUUCUUGUCCUCUGGAUGCUCUCCUUCCUUUUCCGGCACUUGCCUCUGAUCUUGGCUUCCCUCCAGCGAGGCAACUACACGGGUUACCGCGGGCUCCUGUACGCGGCCAAGAGCGAGCACCUCUACGCGAUCUGCUUCAGCAUCUUUGCUCCGUCCCUGCUGGUGCUGGUGUGCCUGCACGUCUCAGUGAGCAGCAUCGCCUAUGUGCAGCACACGUGGCUCCGGCACACCUGCGCCCAGACGGGGCCUCUCUGCGCCCACCCGUGCCGCUUCAAGGCGCUGUGGACCGUGCUCAUCAUCCUCAUCAGCUUCAGCCUCUCCUGGGGCCCCUACCUGGUGGGGGGCACCGUGCAAGCUGCCUGCAGCCCCUGCAGCCUGGCCGGCCCACUCAAGGACACCUUAUUCCUGCUGGGUGAGACCAACUCCCUCAUCAACCCCCUCAUCUACGCCUUGUACAGCAAAGACAUCCGGAGCCACCUCACAAAGGUGCUCAGGUGCGGGAUGAAGGGCCAGGUGAAACCACUGGCCUCGAACAUCCGAACCGUUGGGAGCUGGGGUGGGGGCCAGACCCAAGCACCCAGUUCACGAGGGGUCCAUGCCCCAUCACCUCCGCCCGUGCUGCUCCUGUGGCUGCCAGGCCCACGGCAGGAGGGAAACGCAGGGCGCCCGGUGCAGCAGAGCCUUCCCACUGCAUCAGCUGUUGAACUGCUGCCAAGAGGCUGCAGUCCACACCGCUGUCUGCGUUAACAGCCUUCUGUCCCCAGCAUCCCCACAAACGUCACCAAGACGGUGACCUUCAGUUGUUCUGGACAAAAUGUGGGCUUUUGUCCCUCUCUCUGCAUGGGGAACCGCAGCGUCUCAUACCUGCAGCAGGCUGAGCCGCCAUCCAGUGCUCGCGCCAGGGAAAUCUGGGCACCCCGUUGGUGCUGUGUCCUU